AGCUGAGACGGAGGGACGGUUGAGUGCUGCAGAGCUGAGACCUGGAGUGUUUUCUGCGGAGGCGCAGCUCUCCCGCAUCUGUUUAAUCACACUGUGCGCUGGAGGUUUUUUUUAUUCCACUGUUGCUUAUAUACAAUAUAUCAAAAGCACUUAGAAAACUUGGAUGACGCGGUGAUGAUAGACACUUUUGGGCUCCCCAGUUGAUGGUAUGCGUUUUUGGAACUAGGGGAUACUUCUGGACCUGAUAGGUUGUCCACAGCUGUUCUUUUUCGUACUUCUAUUCAGCCUUUUCCUCAAUAAUGGCUCUAUACUCUCGGCUUGUGCUCGUCUUGCUUUAUGGAUGGACUUAUCUGUGCGUUGGAUUCUGCGCGAUGUUGAAAACGGACAAUUUCCCCGAGAGGCAAAAGGUGGAUUUUACGCACUCGGUGGAUAAAAAGUACGCCGCCAAGGAUGAUCGGGACGCGCAUUUGCAGGAUACAAUGACGGAGCACAUGCAGAUGCUGUACGCCAAGUACAACCGGGCCGGCUUUCCCUUCAGGGACGGCAACACGGUCCGCAGCUUCAAAGCGCACUGGGGCACAAUAAACAACAAGCAGCUGCAGGUUUUCAACCUGACCUCCCUCACCAAGUCCGAGGAUGUUCUGUCGGCAACUCUUCAUUAUUACAUCGGAGACCUUCAGAACAGCACCCAAGGCUGCUCCACGCCCAAAAACUGUGGCCGCCACGGUCCCCGGAGACACAGCCACAUCCACAUGGUCAUCUGGAGCUUUGCUUCUGUGGACAACAAGAUGAGGAGUCUGGGACACUUUCGGAUAAACGUGUCCACCCUCUACAGGGACUUCAUUUUGUGGCAGUGGAGGGAUGUAACACGCGUGGUCAAUCAGGCCAAGCACCACGACGAGCUGCUCAUUGGGAUUGACGUUGCCUCACAAGGUCCCCAGCCGUGGAAGAAGCUGCUGUCCGACCGUUCGCCCUACAUCUUGGUUUACGCCAACGAUUCUGCCAUCUCGGAGCCUGAGAGCGUGGUAGCCACUCUACAGAGACACCAUUCUUUGGGAGCUGAGAGCUCCGGGUCACACAGUUUCCUUAAGCUGAGAGAGCGCAACAACACCGCGCAGGAACCACAGCUGCACUCCAGACACAAGCGCUCAGCCAACGUUCUUCUCCCUUUGCAAAACAACGAACUUCCUGGACCCGAGUAUCCAUACGAGGCCAGAGGAUGGGACGAGACGAGUCCCUACGAGCCUCUGGAAAACAAGCCGCCCCGUCGGCCACGGAAAAAGAGCCGCAAGAAUCAGCGACCCAAGAAUCCUCUUCUGCAGUUUGACGAGCAGACCAUCAAAAAGGCGCGCAAGAAGCAGUGGAACGAGCCGAGGAUUUGCGCUCGAAGGUACCUCAAGGUGGACUUUGCAGACAUCGGGUGGAGUGAAUGGAUUAUAUCACCAAAGUCCUUCGAUGCUUACUACUGUUCGGGAUCCUGCCAGUUUCCAAUGCCAAAGGCUCUGAAGCCCUCGAACCACGCCACCAUCCAGAGCAUCGUCCGGGCCGUGGGCGUCGUGCCCGGCAUCCCCGAGCCGUGCUGCGUCCCAGAGAAGAUGUCCUCCCUCAGCAUCCUCUUCUUCGACGAGGACAAGAACGUGGUGUUGAAAGUCUACCCCAACAUGACCGUCGACUCCUGCGCCUGUCGAUAGUCCGGCUUCCUCUCUACCGCAGUUCCCAGGCACCUCUACUGGACAGAAACAACCGAAGACCAAAAAAAAAAACAACACCUUACAACCAGAAACAAACAAAAUAAAA